CUGCAUGCAGCUGGUCGUCUUCUGUCACAUGCAUGCAGCUCCGUGCGGCGCCGGAUGCUUUGGCAACGAGAUAAGAGCCCGGGGGGUAUCAAGCACCACUGACAACAGCCCCCCCAUGCGGGGAUGCAAUGCAUGCGCAGAGAGACAAGCCAACAUAAUGUCUCCAGGACGUGGAGGGCCACGGCAGAGGGAGCAAUGACGAAAAUCGUGAGCAAGCCGCGGGGCCGGCGGACGUGGUCUGCCGCCUCACUGGCGGUUAGAGGUCUGUCGACUCUGCUGAUGCACUGCCUAGACAGGAUUGCAUGCAGCACACAGGUGCAUGCUGAUGCAUAUCCUGCAACAAAGGCAGCCGUUCCGUUCGAUCAGUGCUGGAAGAUUGAAACGGACGAGCUUGAUCGUUUUCCAGCUCCGAAGCUUGUCUGUCAACAGAGGAGCUCCCUCCUUCCUCGCUGGUUUGUCGAAGUUUCUCUGAUUGCGGUUUGACAGAGCUGAGAUUCUGUCAACGAAGUACCGUUGUCAACGAAGUACCGUAGCCAAGAAAUCCGCCGCUUGGACGGAUUUACGUGAGAGAGAACGACAAGUGCACAAUGUCUGCGUCCUCUGUUCGUUUAAGCCUCUCACCUUGCAUCAGCGCUUUGAGGAGCAGCUCAAGUUACGCAGGAAGUGCGCCGCUGCGGCAAUUCGGAUUCCCUGCCAUCUUCUCUACAUCAGGAAAGAGAUACCACGCAACUAGAGCGGAGGGCACCAUGGACAGGGUGAAGAACGCCGUGGGACAGGGCAUCGAGUCGGUCAAGCUGGCCGUGCAAGACCCAGAUGUUCACGAAGCGGCCAGCCGCCCAGGAACUAGCCUGGGGACAAAGAUGGAGAAGGGCCUGGAGAAGGGGGCCGAGCUGGCGGAGACCACUGCCAAGAAGAUCAAUCCUGACAUUAUGACCACCCUGGACGGCCGUCCCCUUGGGGACAACUACAACAGCAUCUCGGCGGGGAAGCAGGGGCCCCUGCUGCUGACAGAGGACAUCAACCUGUACGAGAAGAACGCUGCCCUGAACAGGGAGCGUGUUGUACCGCGGGUCGUCCACGCUAAGGGCGUUGGAGCGUUCGGAAAGUUCACCGUGACCAACUCAGACAUGGCCAAGUACACCGAAGCCAAGGUCUUUGAGUCUGGCAAGUCGACUGAGAUCUUCUGUCGGUGGAGUGGAGUCACUGCUGAGCACGGUAACUCGGACUCGGUCCGUGACAUCAGGGGAUUCGCCCUCAAGUUCUACACCGAGGACGGCAACUGGGAUCUCGUUGGCAACAACUCCCCUAUUUUCUUCUUCCGGGACCCCGUGAAGUUCCCCGACCUGGUCCACUCGCUGAUGCGCGACCCUCGCGGCCUCAAGUCGUGGGUGCACCGCUGGGACUUCUGGGGGCUGACCCCGGAGUCAGUCCACCAGGUGCUGUGGCUGUUCGGGGACCGCGGUAUUCCUAAGAGCUAUCGGUACAUGAACGGUUACGGAGUACACGCUUUCUCCAUGAUCAACAAGGACAAGGAGCGUGUCUGGGUCAAGUACCACUUCCACAGUCAGCAGGAGAUUAAGAAUCUGACCUCCGAGGAGGGCAUCGACUUGUCGGGCAAGGAUCCCGACUUCUUCAACAAAGACAUGAUCAAUGCCAUUCGGUCGGGCGAGUACCCCAAGUGGAAGAUGCACAUCCAGGUGAUGACGGAGCAACAGGCGGAGCAGCUGUCGCACGACCCCUUCGACGUCACCAAAGUCUGGAGCCGCCACGACUUCCCGCUCAUCGAGGUGGGUGAGCUCGAGUUCAACCGUGUCCCGGAGAGUUACUUCCAGGACGUCGAGCAGGCAGCUUUCGCCCCCGCCAACAUUGUUCCGGGGCUGGGCUUCUCCCCCGACCGACUCCUGCAGGGACGGCUCUUCGCCUACCGCGAUGCACACAACCACCGUCUAGGCAUCAACGGUUUCCAGCUGCCCGUGAACCAGCCGAGGUGCCCCAUCCACACCUACCACCGCGACGGAGCCUUCAGAAUGGACGGCAACGGCGGGAUGGGUCCUCACUACGAGCCCAACAGCUUCGGCGGACCGCAGCCGGACCCCAAGUACGCCGACCCGGCGAUCCCAAUCAACGUGACCGGCCCGGGCAUGCGCUACGAGAACCACUACGGCAAGGACGACUUCAUGCAUGCGAAGGCCAUGUGGGAGAUGUUCGAGCCGGACGAGCAGGAGCGUGUGAUUGCGAACAUGGCGCGCUCCAUGAAGGAGGGUACCGAAGCCGGGGUAAACUCGGAGCCGGUCCCCGAGCUGAUUCAGCAGAUCAACCUGUACAACUUUGCCCGGGUGGACGAAGACCUGGGCAACAAGCUGGCCGCGGCUUUGGGGCUGGACCUCAAGAGCUCGAUGGAUGUCGGGAGGAAGACCCUGGAGCAGUUGUACAGCCGGCAGACGGCCGGGACCCACAAGGAUUUGUCCCCCGAGUCUUAAAUUGAGUCGGUGAAGUUUGAUACGUGCAGAGUAAAGACCAAACAAAGUUUUGGCCGUGCAUAAGCUAGCGCAAGCGAGGCAAGUCUAGAGGCAAAUCUAGAUGCAAUUUUGUCGUUCCACAACUUAAUAAUUGGCUUGGCUGAAAUUUCCCGUAGAUCAGAUGUUAUCUGCCCAAACUUGUACAGUUUGCCUUCGCCUGGAUAAGUGCGUCCUGCAUAGAUUGUGAAGUGGCCGGCUUCUUGAACCUGGUGUCGGCUGAACACUUAUUACCGGCACGAUUUUGCAACAAAUAGACUCUAGGACUCUUGCAUGUCAAAGCAUCAUUGCUUGAAAAGUCGAUUUCCA